AUGGUAAGCAAUGUACAUCAUAUAUAUACGAAAUAAAGUGAUACUACACCAUGUCCAUACCAAUUAAAACAACAUAGUAUUACAAUAUUAACAUCAUACCAACCUUAUGAUCACAUUCUAAGCAUUAUCCACAUGAUGAGCAAUAUCAACCAAAUCUAAUGCAUUAUCCCAUAAGCAAGUUAAGGAAACACACCCUUUGGACAAAGAGAGCUUAUCCUCGUAACAGGAAAAGCUUCAAGCUCUUGUCUCUCAUUGUCUCCGUCCCUGUUGACUGCAGUUGUUUGGAGUGAAUCAAAAGACUGAUGCAGCUUUGCUCUAAUUAACUAUACUGACCAUGUGCAUAGGGCCGGCCAUAGGCGGCAUCGAACACAGUUUACACCUCGUAAUCUCCAUCCAUCCUCGCUUAGUUAACAUCCCAGCUCCACUACUGUGCUGGACUCCAGAAAUGGGAGGCUCCGACGACCACGCCCGCAGGAAGCCGUCCCUGCCAUGGACGGUGCGCGUCCAGCUGGCCGCGCUCGCCCUGGUGCACCGCCGGGACGGCAGCGUCCGGCGCCUCCUCUUCUCCCUCGGCGACCUCAAGUCUGGCACCACGUCUCGCCCGGGUGCCUCGGGGGUGCGCUCCGCGGACGUCACCAUCGACGCCUCCCGCGGCCUGUGGGCGCGCGUCUUCUCCCCCUCGUCCGGCGCGGACGCGGACGCCGCGGCGGCCCCCGUUCCCGUCGUCGUCUACUUCCACGGCGGCGGGUUCGUGCUCUUCUCCGCGGCGUCCCGCCCCUACGACGCCUUCUGCCGGCGGCUCUGCCGCGGCCUCCGCGCCGUUGUCGUGUCCGUCAACUACCGCCUGGCCCCCGGGCACCGGUUCCCCGCGGCGUACGACGACGGCGUCGCGGCGCUCCGCUACCUCGACGCCAACGCCGACUCCCUGCCGGCGCACGUCCCGGUCGACCUCUCCAGCUGCUUCCUCGCCGGAGACAGCGCGGGCGGCAACAUCACGCACCACGUGGCACAGCGAUGGGCGGUGGCCGCGGUGUCGCCCACGAACCUCCGCGUCGCCGGCGCCGUCUUGAUCCAGCCGUUCUUCGGCGGGGAGGAGCGGACGGCGGCCGAGGUGGCGCUGGACGGGGCGUCCGCGCUGUCGGUGGCGGCGACGGACCACUUCUGGAAGGAGUUCCUACCGGAGGGCGCCACACGGGACCACGAGGCCGCGCGCGUGUGCGGCGAGGGCGUCAAGCUCGCCGACGCGUUCCCGCCCGCGAUGGUGGUCGUCGGCGGCUUCGACCUGCUCAAGGACUGGCAGGCCAGGUAUGUGGAGGCGCUGCGCGGGAAGGGGAAGCCGGUGUGGGUGGUCGAGUACCCUGACGCCGUCCAUGGCUUCCACGUGUUCCCGGAGCUCACCGACUCCGGCAAGUUCGUGGAGGAGAUGAAGCUGUUCGUCCAAGAGCACAAGUCCACCAACACCAAGCGUGCCGUCUAGUCUACACUCUACAGAUAUAGAUAUGGUAGGCACACGGUCCCUGUCAUCAGGUUUACAUGACAUUUUGGUGAAGAACUCGUGCAAAAUUGGAUCCACGCUUGGUGGCAAGACCCACUUUAUUUGUUCCUUCUCAAUUAAAACGAGCUAUUGAGUCUCAUUAAUAACUCUCUCUUCAUAUUUCGGAUGGAGAGAAAGUAAAAUAAGAGUUUUCAUUCUAUUUAUUAUCUAA